AUGUCUGCCCUGUUCGACUUCCGUGCCUUCUGCAUUGUCCUCCUCCUCGCGGUCUGCUCCUGCACCUUCGUCAAGACCAAAGCCCCCAGCGUCCUCAGCCAGAAGACCGGGUUCCGAGGCCUGUUCUGGAAAUUUGCACGCGUGGGAGAACGGCUGAGCCCCUGGUUCUGCCAGCUGUCCCGCCUCACGCCCUGGUGCGCCCCCAGCUUCGACGACAGCCAGGAUGACGAUGACCUGUCCAACCUCUCCGCCUCCUCCAGCUCCGGCAGCAGCGUAGCGCCGGCGACGGAGUGGGAGGAGGAGACCCCGGUCACGCGCGACGACCUCUCCGUGCCCUCCGAGCGCGUCCUCGCCAGCAGGCCUUCCCUCCUCCGCGCCUCCAUGUCCUCCCCUGACCUGGGCCGGAUGCUGGCGCCCCUGGUCAGCCCCGCCGUGCACCGCCCGCGGUUGAAGGAGUCGGCGCUGUGGCGCGGGCCGCGCCCUGACGCCGAGGCCGUGCAGUGGAGGGACGUGAAGGGCGUGCGCAGGCUGCACUCCGUCCACAUCUUCGAGCUCAUCCCGGAGGAGGCAUCGCACUGCCACGAGGGAUAG